AUGGGACAACGUACUUUCCUUUCCGGCGGGGUCCCGGCGGCGCGUAGGGCGGGAAAGACUGCGAUGGCGGCCCGAGAUGCGGCGCUGCGCUCUAGCAGUUCCGCUCGAAACGCCGCCGCGGACGCACGCGCACGCGGUGCCAUGAACCGACUACUGCUGCCCGUACUCGCGCUAGCCGCCCUGGCACCGCUCGCCGCCGCCGAUGGCGACCGCCCGCGCAUCCUAGACUUCGACCCGUGGUCGUGGCUGCCGAGCAACGGCAACCGGUCACCGUCCGUUAUGGACUUCUUCUUCCCCCCGUCCAGGACGCCGAAGAACUCCAACCUGGACCCGCCCGCCGAUCGCUCGCCACCAAAGACCACGCUCACAACUGCCUCCGAAACUCUAACCACCCCCUACCGGGAACGUCCCACAACCGUAGCCCGGAAAUCCGGAGCCAAGUCGAAGUCGACCGCGCCUCCGCCGCCCCACACGACCGCGUACUCGAAAACGAAAAAGGGCACACACAAAACUUACGACACCGACACCAACGCGGAACCAAAAACAACGCAGCCCGUCAAAAACGUAGAGAGCGCUGCGCAGGCUACGACCAAAGCGGCCGCUACGACGUCGACUAGCAGACCGACGAAGCACUACACGAUUAGGCCGCUGAUACGCACCACUGCGACCUCGACGGUCGUCGAAACGGAAUCGACUCUCGACACCAACAGCGACGGCACCGAGACGGCGGUCGCCAUAGAAACGGCGGCGACCACCGCCCAAGAUCAUAAAGGCACGGGCCCCACGUUCAGCACGACCGAUUCCAGGCCCACGGACCAAGAGUCGGCGAGCACUUCGACCGAGUCAACGACGUUGAUAGACAGCACGAUCGCCGAAGAACCCGACAGCCGCGAAGGGUAUUUGCCUCUGCGCGACAAACCGCAGCAGACGCACGUGAAGAUCAACGAGCAGACGAAGAAAGAGGUGAGUGCAUUCAAG